AUGUUUCUUCGCGGCGGCUGCGCGCUGCUGCUGCUUGCAACUGCCCCCGUGACACUGACACAAACCAAUGGCGUCUCGGUGCUUGUGAGCUCGGGACGUCCGUUCUACGAAGCGUUCGUACUCGCAGGCGAAGCCAACUGGAUCACGUACGUCAUGUACGAGUGCCAGCUCGUGUUCCACCCGGAUGGCUCGAUGGGCGCGGCAGCCGUCAUCUGGUGCAUCUACAGUCUUCUUGAUGUGCUGGUACCGGUCACUGUGACUACCACACUCGAGCGCAACUGCUCUAGCACUGACUACAUUUACACCGUAACGUGCACUCACGGCGCCAUCUCCAUCGGUAGCUUACAGCGUCUCUACGUGCUUCUCGGGAUCCAAGCUGCCGGUCUCCUUAUUGCUGUUUUUUGGCAACACCACCGCACACGAGUCGACUGUCGACGCCCAAUUACCGUUCUCUUCACUGGCGUCGCGAGCGCACUGCUUCAUCACGAGCUCGACGACAUUGGGUACAUUCUCACAGGACUGAUCUCGCUGCAGCCGGAUCGCAUCUUCUUUGACGUCAAGCUUUGGGUCAUCGUACGUGUGACCCAAGAACCUGUUGCGUCGGCCACCGUUGCGGCCGACCCACUGCGUUUUCCAGCAUCACCGUGGCAUGCACGGAUUAGCGCUGUCGCUGGCUUUCUUUACGUUGUGGCGGCUGUCAGUAGCAGCUACUCGUACUUGCAGAUCGCCAAGCGCACGCUUGUCAACGACCUUAUCUGGCCCGGCUUCAACCUCUCGAGCACUCAUGUCUUCUUGACGAACUGCCUCUGGGGUCGUAUCGCCAUGAACCAAACAGACGGAGACUUUAUGCUCACUGAUCCGUCUAUCAACGCGGUUGGCUCGACAGUUGCGUCAACCACGAGCUCCCCGACCCACUUUGGCGCCCGCAUGCAAUACUCGACUCUGAUGACGCUCGUUGAUGCCGUGCACGGCCUACGAGCUACUGAUGCCUGCGACACACCCUGGAUCUUUACGCCGUACUGCUACCUGGACUUUGGUGGCGCCUGGGACAUGGCCGCCACCGCCACGCGCCAAGCGCGCUGUCGUCACACGAUGGCGACCAACGCUGCCGUGUACCUCGAGUCGCUGCUUCGUAACGUCGAGUGGGAUGACUGGGUCACUUGCUGGGGUCCUUCGUUCGACUCUGCUUUUGGCAAGCAUCUUGCAACGACGCGCCAAGGACAAGCCUUUCUAGCUUCAGUGAGCCAGCCACGCCUCUCGGUUGCAGAUGAAGUCACCUACUGGCAGCGCUACGAUCUCGAAUCGUACGAGCUGCAGUGGCAAAACUUUAAAGUCAUCGGACUCGACAACACGUACAGCAUCGUCAAUGCGCUCGGCCUCUCGUAUCCGUUUACGCUUCAGCGGAGCCAGGGCUACUUUCGUCGUGAGUUUCAGACGACCUACAAGCUCUACUGGUCGCUCGCCAACGAUCUGGCCAACCUGCCAAACCAGACGAGCUUGCUUCGAGCAUCCCCCGCCUUUGCAUAUGCCAAUGCGUCAUUGGAAGAUGUCUACUUGGCGAACGCCACCUUUCUGACGGCGCCACUACCAGCAGGAUAUGCAGUCGUUCGUGCAGCGCUGGGUCCAUUUGGUGCGAUCGAUGCCGUGUACGUCGAAGUGCCGAGGGUCGUCCGCGCUGCUGCUCGGGACAUCAUGUCAGCCGUCGCAACCCAUCGUGCGAGGUCAUUGGAGUCGCAGGCUGCCUACGCGACACUGGAUGUGAAGUUUCCAGCCUCAUUGGUCCCAGCCGCAUGGCUAGAGCUCGGGUUUGAAAGUGGCGGUGGCUCGUUGCUGUGCCCCGACCUGCCGUCAACGAGUUCCAUCGCGACGGGUGUGCUGCGUCUCUUUCACUUCGAGACGACGUGCACCGAGUCGUCAACGUUGAUGCAGCCAACGCUGACGGCCGAUUGCUUGGUAGUAGCAGCACUCCUCACAGACCUCAGCACGAGCACCGAGGUGGCAACGCUCUGUCUUCAAAUGCCCGACGCGGUCACCGAGUGUGAGGCAGCUCUCACAGACGUCGGUCGGUGGACGUCGACGAUGGCACCGUUCUAUGUACCGUCGCAGUCAGCGGCGAUGGAAACUCUUCUUGCGCUCAACAUCUCAUUCAUGCAAUAUGGUUCGCUCAACGGGUCCUUGGACUUGUAUACAUUUCCGAUACUCGACCCCAGCUUUCGCUUUUUCGGUUGGACACUCGUACUCGAGUGGAUCCUUGGGAAGCGAGAUGUCGUGACGUUCGCAGGAGACGAUGGGGCGCUCACAUUGCUCUCGGACGUCGCUGAUUAUCUAUACGAGCCGGUGCAAGCCGCGGAACUGCCGACUGUCUUGGCCUUGUACGCCCACGCCACCGUCCAGUACAUUACCUUUGUCAUGGCAGGGCUGGCCGCCGUUGCAAGCCUGUACAUUGUUGUUAGCCGUGGCCGCGUCGAAGGGCUCAACAUGCUCGAGCUCAGUCCCGUCGGUGGCAUCGUCUGGGUGGGUCGUCCCCUCUUGGUCGUCCGCAGCGUCUCUGCGCUCUGUCUCUUAUCGACGGCGACCACACUGUCGCUACACUAUCCAAGUCCGUACCUCGUAUCGUUUGCGACCGAGGCUUCAUCGACGCUCACAACGUGCUUGGCAGCGAGCGAGGUCACGUGGCUCGUAGGCAUUCUCAAUGACAUCUGUCUCGCCAUCACACGCGAGCACUCGAUACGCUACAUCACCAUCAACAGUCUGCUCGUUUGGUCGAUUGCAGCUUGCCUCUCAUCCCUUCAGCCUGUUGAGCACCGGGCGACUAUGGACUUUCGCUGCGUCUCUACGGCGCUAGAUUUCCAAGUCGAGUGCUCGACAGGCUCCAUCGCGAUCGGGUUUCUCGAUCGCGUUUUGCUUUUGAUUGCGGUGAUCGUCGCCUGCAACUGCGUCUGCUACGGUCUUGUGCGAGCCUUGUGGCCUGUCUCGGCUUCCCUACGCCGCAGUCAGUCGCUCCUGCUCACGGCGGGCGCCAAGUACCUCUUCACGCACGACGGGUGGCUGCUUGGCGAUGUCUACUACAUGGAUCGCGCGUCGGCGCUGCUGAGCGGUCUCCUGACGGUCUCGGUUGAUGGCGUGGCAGAUGGCAGCGACGAUGACGAACUCUGGGACUGGCAGCGCAGCACUGUCGUCGUUACGACUAAUCAUCGCGAGGUAGUGCUUCCAGACGACGGGGGGAAUGAGCUCGCGUAA